CUCGUUUUGACGCGGCAAGUUAUCUGCAUUUUGGAGGUCGCACUGCCACCAAAAUCGAGAAUACAACGUAUGAUGAAGGAUUCGUUUCUUUGGAUCAUUGUGCCACUCCUGGCUAUUGUUCUAGGUCUCGAAGCUGUUCCAGGGUCUAGAUUUUUUAAGGCGAAUGAAGAUGGAUCUCGCCGAAUUGAUGGCCAUGUCUGUGGCGAUCAUAUCAUAGAUGUCUACUACACGCUGUGUUUUGGCGAAUUUGCUGGAAAGACAAAACGUAGAUCACCUUUGAUGGAAGAAAAGAAGGCUCUAAGUUUUAUACAUUCUAAAAGCACUGGAAUUCUACGAAAAGCACGUUCAGCUACAACUAUUGUUGAGGAGUGUUGUAGAGAGGGCUGCACUAUCGGUGAAUUCAUGGAAUAUUGUUGAAGCAGCGGCUACACGGAAAUUUACAUAACAGUGGUAAAAAAAAAGUCCCGAGGAGUCUAGAAAAUUCGAUAAUGUAUUUGUAAAAAGAUGAACUAAAUUAAAUUGUAACAAAACGAAAUGUGGUCGAUGGUGAUAAUGGAUUAUUCGAGGAAAACCUACAACGUGUUACACUCAUGAAGCUGAAGCACACAGUUUGAGAUUAAUUUGAUCGGGGAUAAGAAGCCAAUAGAUUUUCAUCUUUUAAUCAUGUGCCAACUAAGACGAGUUCACUACAUUUACAACAGUUGAGAUACAAGGAAAAAAAUAUGGUGAGCCAGUGAAGUGAUUUAAUGGUUAACAAUAAUUUGGAAACUCGACAAAAAAAAAAAUCCGUCUUUAUUUGAUCCUAUUGUAUGAAUGGAGCUUAAAGGCUAACUCCGGACAGACUAAACCUGAGGUAUGGCAAAAAGUAGUAGUAAAUGAUGGCGUCGCUUUCAAGGCCCCAAGGUCCUUGCAUAGUAUUCUUGAACAUACUAACUCCUUAUCUGAUGCAACAAGCGCUUGAACGAGUACCGUCUGGCAAAUGUUUGGGACUAUCGGUCCUUCAACCUACAGAGUACCCCGAGGGCACUUAAGUAACUCACAAAGAGUAGCUUGGGGCGGCUGCGUUUUGAGCGACAUGGGUAACCAAAUGAACCUAGAUUCAUCACAUGUGUGUGUAAUAUACUGACGUGUACCAGUCGACAAGUUACUAGAAGCCAUUUUGAAAUACAACGAGGUCGUCGUCAUUCAGGGUGUUGGAAUUAUUUUUCGUUUCUACCGAAGAUGGCCGUGCGAGAACAGCGCAGGAAUACUUGCUAAAGUACAUGAUACUUUCAGAGAUUCUAAAAAACUUAUCAUGCAAUUCAGUAGGGGGUGAUGAAAGGUAAAAAGGAAGAUUAAUAAUGACAAUUGUGUACCUUGACCGGCGUCAACUGAGUGAAUCAGUGACAAGCCGAACGCCUCAAGUUCGAGUGAAAUUCAGCUGUUAAAAGGCCCCUUCUCCUCCUAUUCAUACACGUCUUAACCCUUGACUGCCAUCAGUCGGAUUAACAUGUAACUUUUCCCUAUGAUAUCCAUACAUUUCCCAG